GAGCAUUUCAACACCAUUAUAAAUACUUUACGAGAGCUAAUUCAAAUGUUUAAUUUGGCUGACAGUUUUAUAUAUGACAGCUGGAGGAAAACAAACCCCCAAGUAGUGUGAGUGAAAUCGUUUGCAUAGAACUCUAUAAUCUGUUUGAUCUUUCAUAAUCAGUUAGUUCAUAAAAAUCAUGGGCCUUCCAUUUGUAAUUUGUGAUAAAAACGUUAUCUAAGUUCUUUAUAAUCAUUUGUUGCGUCAUCAACUCACGUUCUACAAUGGAUUCAAACCGGAAGCUCGAAUUGUUGCAAGAAAACAAGGAAGAAAUUUCUAAGCAACUACCAGCCGUAUGCCGAACAUGCCUGAACGGAGAUAACGAUGUGGAUGGAGAGCUGUAUCAAAUCGAGGAAAUAUAUUUAGAAGAAGACAUGUUUGUCUCUCAGAUACAGUCCUUCGAAGAAAUCCUCUGUUUGUUUGUAGACGAUGAGAUUGGUAAACAUGAUACCCGACUACCAAAGAGUAUAUGUCUAACCUGUGUUGAGAAAGCGCGAUCGGCAUUUCAAUUUAUUGAAAUGUGUCGACGCACCGAUGUCAUGUUGAAGGAAUGUCUGUCAUCGGAAAAGAAUACUGAUUCCAAGAAGGAAAAUAUAACGAUCCACACUAAACCUGAAAACUUUGCUUUAGAAGUGCUGAAUGAUGCAAAGAAGUUAUUAGUCGAAGAAAAAAAACAAAACAUAUGUGAAGUUUGUCACAAAACAUUCAGUCAACCACAGACGUUGAAUCGUCACAGAAAAAUUCAUUCAAAGGAUACACAGCCGGGAAAGCCAUGCAAUUAUUGCGACCGCGUGUUUCUUCGUUCGGACGAUUUGCGUCGGCACAUGCGUACUCAUACUAAUGAAAGGCCGUAUGCCUGCGAUCUUUGUUCGAAGGCAUAUAAACAGUCAAACGAGUUGAAAGAACACAAGGCAUCAGCGCAUUCGGAAAAAGGCUCACGAAGAAUGUAUCCGUGUACGCUUUGCGACAAACAGCUUGGCACCAGGAACGGGUUGUAUGUUCACAUGAAAGUACACCGUGGCGAAAAGAAUCAUUCCUGCUCGUUUUGCGAUAAGCGAUUUGUAACGUCUGGCGAGUUAACAUCGCAUUUGCGACAUAUACACACGUUCGAGAUCAACGCUGAAGUAUUUAAUUGUCACGUCGAUGGAUGUAAUAAAAAUUUUGUUACCAAAUCUGCACUACGGCAUCACCACAGUAACAAGCAUAUUGUACAAGGGUCUACUAGGACUAAAGUAUGAAACAUUUUAUGAAUAAUAAUUAUUAUUAGUUUUAUAGUUGACAACAACGUGCAACCAGACGCUCUGGUACAACUUAGCGGAAUAAAAUGAAUAAACGUUUAAUAUGGAGGAAUUUGUAUACUGCCGUGAUAUGCAUAACAGUC